ACUGUCACUGUCACUUUUGAUAUUAAUUUUUGUAUGUAUUCAUUCUUUUAAAAUGAACAAAACAAACAAAGCAUUUUAUUGUUAAGCAGUAAUUUGACGUUAAAUGCGAAUGUGAAUCUGUGAAAAUGUGUUAUAAAAUAGUACUCUUAGUUAUUUUAAGUUCAAUAUGCUGUUCUGCAAUAAGUGACAUGACUGAAAGUUCUUUUGGACAGUACAAAGAAGGGAUCUUGGCUGCUUUUGGAGACUUUAAUUCCGAUGAAUUAACGGAUGCCUUUCUUAUCAUAAACUCUUCUAGUAUAGAAGUGUUCCUGGCUCAUGACAAAGAACCAUUUUUAAGACCUUCACAGUUUGCUUGUAAUUUUAGCAAUAUUGUUAUUACGAGCGUUGUGCCAGGUGACUACGAUGGAGAUGCUUAUAUGGAUAUUCUUAUAACCACUCAAAUUGAAAGUAAUUUAACUACCAAUUUACAUGAAGUUAGAAUAAUAUGGGGAGGUACACCACUUUUGAACUGCUCUGAUGCAUUAUAUGUGAAGUCUCUUGUGACUGGCCAGCCAUUGGCUAUUGAUUACAAUCGUGACAUGACAUUGGACUUGUUUGGCGUAAAUGCACAGAAUGAGAGAGUGUAUUGGGUGUUUAACAGGAACAGAACAAUCCCAACAGAAGUAAGGAUGGGUGAUGGCUUUUUUAAGAAAAUAAAGUUGCCACAUUCACAUUCUUUUCUAGAUGUCAAUGAUGAUAAUGCUGCAGAUCUAUUGGUUACAACAACUUUGGAUGUGGAAGUCUGGUUGAGUGAUGAACCAUUUGGUUUCCGUUAUAACAAUAGUAUUGAGUUACUUGUAGGGCAUCCUGCAAUAUAUGGCCAAGCUUUAUUUCUAGAUGUGGCCUUGUCUGGAGAAUUCUUUUUGGUAAUACCUGUGUGUUACGACAUUCAGUGCUUCAACAGUACUAUAUUGAUUUAUGACAAUCUGCAGUGGCAUGACUUGCAAGUCGACUUCAAUGAUGGCAAAGGCACACUCUGGAGAUUUGUGCCUCCCAGAAAAGAGGCUUAUCUUGAUGCAAUAACCAUGAGGAGUGGAGAUUUUAACAUGGAUGGAUAUCCUGACAUUCUCAUGACUCUCAGUCCAGUAGACAAUGUAGAUACUAAGGUAUUCUUGCUGCACAAUAUACCGUGUAACCAGCCAGGGUGCAAAUUUUAUAGGACAUUUGAAGUCCUGUGGGACAAGUUCGACUCCUUUGGAAACAAUGUUGUUAUGGCAACAUUUUAUGACUUUUAUAUGGAUGGAGUCUUAGAUAUAGUAUAUGUGAAGAAGAAUACUUCAACAAUGAAGUAUACAAUGCAUGCAUUCAGAAAUGAAUUGGAGUAUGACACAAACUUCAUCAAAGUUAUUGUUGUCACUGGACUCAGUAAUAAGCGAAUUCCUAUCCUUAAUGGAACUUUGUAUAACAGAAAAGUUAAUUUUGGUACUAAUUUACCAGGGCCCAAAAUAGGAUAUAACACAUGGUCUCAGGAAGGUACUUACAGGACAGGAGUGUGUGCACAGCUGUCCCAGUCUGCCCACUAUGCUUUGCAGCUUCCCUACUCUAUUUUUGGGUUAGAUAGAACACCAAACUUUGUGGACACUUUGAAUGUUGGUCUCUCUGGGUACUCAAAGAGUUGGACACAGAUCAUUCCCAACUCGCAGAUUGUGGUGGUUCCUGCCCCACCAGAUGACCCAUCUCAAUGGCGUGCCCAGUUAUUUGUCACACCAAGCAAAGUUAUUCUAAAAAGUGUUUUUGUGCUCACAGCUAUAAUAAUUGUAAUUACUGGUUUUGUACUGUACCUUCACUGGAAAGAAAGGAAUGACAGACAGGAUAUAAUUGAAAUUGAUGAUAAGACUUAUGUAAAAAUAUAAAUCACAUUUUUAUCUUCAGCUAUUGCCUGACUUUUUGUGCAAUUAUACUUUUAUUGUGCUUUGUUUUCAAUAAUUAUAUUCAAGGUGUAAAUAAUAAAAAUCUAACAAUAGAUUUAUAUUUGCUAUGCUGUAGUGUAAUUUUACUAAUUACUUUACAAUUUAUAAUGAUCUGUUAUAUGAGAGUUUUGUGCAUGUAUAUAAAAAUAAGGAUAAAUGUUACAUUCCUGUGAUAUAUUGUAGAUAGGUUAAAAAGUUUUUGUUAUUGAUUUAAAUAAACCCCAUACUGUCCA